AUGGACCACACAUAUUCCCGGUCUCAUCGCGAGAACACCAUACGGGAAACCAAGCGCCUCAUCACCUCUGGGAGAGCUACCUCUGCUGCAUCUGGCAGGGGACUCCAGAACUGGCCAUGUUCGGGCAUUGGGAGGCUGACCUUUGUGGUUUCCAUAUUUCUGAUUUAUUUAUUUUAUGGUGAUAUAGUGCGAGAUAGGAUCGCUUCUUCGAAGGCCAGCCAUGGUCCGAAGGAUAGUAUCACGAAGAGUCCUUUGUCGGGCUUUGAAAGUCCAAGCAAUGCGUUCCGUCCGCGCUUUCGAUACUGGAUCCCGGAUGCUCAUGUGAACACAUCGCGAGUAGCAGCUGACAUUGCUGAGGCCGGUGCCCGUGGGGCCGCAGGUGUUGAAGUCCUUGGGUUCUAUCUGUAUGGUGGUGCUACUGGGGAGUAUGUGCCGGUCGAUUGGAACGAGUAUGGAUGGGGUACUCCGGCCUGGAAGAGGGUUCUCGAUGCGGCGAUUCAAGCCCAUUUGGAUAACGGCCUGCUAAUGGACUUCGCCGUGGGGCCCAACCAAGGCCAAGGAGUGCCUGCUGAAGAAGACGAUGAGGGCUUGAUGUGGGACUUGAGUCCCUUCGCAGCCGACGUCCCACUAGGAGGCAGCUUUGAUGACGAAAUCCCCGGAUGGGGCACUGGAACGCUCGAGGCAGUUGUGACCGGAACUAUAAUGGAGACUACGCACAAGCCACGAGGCCAUCAGACAAACACGUUGUCAACAAGUAGUCUCCAGGACGUCACGAGUCAGGUCUCUGACGAUGGGCAUCUGCAUCUCGACUUCUCCGACUCUGCUGCUAGUAUGGCUACCUCAGCCGGGCUGCGACAUGUGGUGUAUGCAGUGUAUCUUGUGCGCUCAGGAACACGGAACCAGCUUCCUCCUGGAAAGUUGACAGGCCCACAGACAAACCCUACAGACUAUCUCCAUAACGGGUCGUGGGUCGUGGACCAUUUCUCUGCGCGUGGGGCCAGGGUGAUCACGCAGUUCUGGGAGAAGCACCUGCUCGUAAACGGGACCAAGGAACAGCUGCAGCAGGUAGCAAGAUAUGCGUGGGAGGACAGCGUCGAGAUCGACCCGCGAAUCUACUGGACGCCUGAUCUACCUAUCGCGUUUCGCCAGCGGCGUGGUUAUUCCAUCGUUCCGUUCUUUCCCAUCCUGUUCCACGGAAACAGCUUGACGGAACAUUUCGAGUCCUGGUUCGUCACGGACGAGGAAGAUGCUGGACAGUCCCAUGUGGCCGACUACCGGACUACACUUACAGAGGGAUACAUGGAGUAUCUGGAGGCACUCGACAGAUGGGCCAAUGAGUCGCUCGGGAUCCAGUGGUCGUCCCAGGUUGGCUACAAUAUGGCUGUUGACAUGCAAACGGCCAUCCCCAAGAUUGCCGUACCUGAAUGCGAGGAUCUUGCCUUUGACGAAUCGAUUGAUGGCUAUCGACAAUUUUCAGCACCGGCCAACAUGGCAGGAAAGCCGGUCAUCUCGGCUGAAGUCGGUGCCGUGCUCGGCCAGGCAUAUCAGCUGAAGCUGCCCAAAUUAUUGACCCUCAUCAAGAGGCUGUAUGCGGGCGGCGUCAAUUCCAUUAUGCUCCACGGUCUGUCGUAUUCUGGGGAGUAUCCAAAUACGACAUGGCCGGGUUACGCAGCCUUUACGUACGCCUGGUCCGACAUGCACGGACGCCAUCAGCCUGCGUGGGAUUUCUUCCGAGGUGCUGCCCUCGAUUAUCUGGCCCGAAAUAAUAUUUUCUUGCAGGCAGGGGUGGCCAAGACGGAUCUUGCAUUCUAUCAGAAGCGUACCACCUACGCCGAGAUUCCAAGCAGCUACGAGAGCGACGACCUGUCCAGCAAAGGAUACACGUACGGCUACCUCAACCCAGAGAACCUGGCCCUGCCCGAGGCGGCUGUCGGGAACGGUGUUCUUGCUCCGAUGCGGCAGGCAUACCGGGCUCUGAUUGUGCGUUGUGAUGACCUCAUGACAGUUACUGCAGCCGAGAUGAUUGCAAAGGCGGCCCUGGCCGGUCUUCCAGUCAUCUUUUACGGUGGCUUCCCCUCGACUAUGGCGAGCUACGAUCCGGCCGGCAGUCUAUAUGUCAACAGUACUCUAGCUUCCAUACGGAAUCUGAGCAACGUUCAUGAGGUACCAGAAGAACUAGGCCAGCCCAGCCUGGCCAGCGUGGUUGAGUCGCUGGGUAUCCAGCCUCGCGCUCGGGUCGAGGCUGAUGCGCCCUGGUGGCCGGUCUGGCGCGAGACCACCGAUGGCCUGGAGCAAUACGUCUUUGUCUACAACAGCGGAGAGCACAACAGCGCAGGAAACAUCACCUUCCAGACGACCGGAAAGCCGUACCGCUACGACCCGUGGAGCGGUGCAAAAAGGCCGGUUUUAAACUAUACGUGCACAAACAAUGAUACGACGUUGACAAUCUUCUUUCAGCUCGCCCCAGACCAGACGAUGCUCGUCGUCUUUGACAACGACAGCGAUGAAACCACCAUAGCAUCAUAUCACGUGACUUCCACCUCGGACGGCGUUCUCGACAUUCUUGAGGCCUCAAGUGGCAGUGGCUUGGAGGCUCACGUGGGCCACACGGGACGCACCUCUGCUGACUGGGUAGCAACCUCGGACGGUGAGGUGCACCAAAUGUCUCCGACGUCGGCAAAGCCUUUCGAGCUGCAGUGCUGGAAUCUGACAGCGGAGCACUGGGACCCUCCGACGCCUCUCGUCGAUGUGGUGACUACGGCCACGAAGCACAACACGACCCACCAACUAGACGAGUUGACAUCGUGGCAACGUAUUGACGGCCUGCACAACGUCUCUGGCCUGGGUUACUACACCGCCGCAUGGGAAUGGCCUCCCGCAGAUGAUGAUGAUACCUCUGUCAGCGGGGCCCUCCUCUCGUUUGGUGCCGUGGACCACACGCUGGCUGUGCGCGUCAAUGGCCACACAGUGCCUGCGCUUGACGCCGCCGAUGCUACGCUCGACGUGACCCCCUACCUGGUUACGGGCUCCAACAAGGUCGAGGCCGUCGUCAGCACGACGCUGGCGAACGUGAUGGCGUCCAUCUGGGAUGAGCUGCUCUCCAGCGGAGCGCCACCGACCGGUCUCUUUGGAUCCGACACAAGACCACCGGGCGAUGCUGAUUAUGGGUUGCUAGGACCUGUCGUUGUCACGCCUUAUCGUACGGUUCUAAUAUAG